ACCACAGAUCUGUCUUCAGAUCCAGUUUGGAUGUGGAGGAUUCUGAGGCUGGUUCCUGUAGCUUUCUGUAGACAAAGGUCUGCUGUGUUUUCUCUUCAUUAGUCUUCUUUUCUGUCUCCUUUCUUGUUUUUUUUUUCCCCCUCCUCAUAUUUCUGUUUGGCUGUUUCUAUCAUUUCCUGGCGCCUGUGCCCUCACUCUGCCUCCUUUGUCACAUCUGACGCCUUUAGACGGUAAGUGGCUUUUCUUGUUGCCAGCUGAGUUUUUGUUUCUUCUUUUCUUUUUUUUUUUCAGCUCUCUGUCAGCGUGUGCGUCGUUCUCUCAUGGAGUCGUAGUUUAAAGUGUCUGUUAAAUUUGAGAGGAAACAAAAAGAAUCUGUGUGAAAUGAGAACUUUGUAACUCGUUUAGUGUUUAAAAACUUUAAAAAAACAGAAGAAUGUUGAACAGAAUAAAUAUUUAGUAGAUGCUGAAUUUGGUCCAAAGUCUGUUUACAUAAAAUUAAUAAUGCCUGGUAAACAUGUUUUUCAAAAUUGAAAUGAGGCUUCUUUUUUUGUUUCAGAACAAGAUGAUAAAUUUGAGUUUCUUAAGGCUGUUCAGAGCAGCUCGUCUCAUCAAGCUGCUGCGACAAGGCUACACCAUCCGCAUCCUGUUGUGGACCUUUGUUCAGUCCUUCAAGGCCCUGCCCUACGUCUGCCUGCUUAUCGCCAUGUUGUUCUUCAUCUACGCCAUCAUCGGGAUGCAGGUGUUCGGUAACAUCAAACUGAUUGACGAGACGGCCAUAAAUCAUCACAACAACUUCCAGACCUUUUUCCACGCCCUGACCCUCCUGUUCAGGAGUGCGACAGGUGAGGCGUGGCACGAGAUCAUGCUGGCCUGCCUCAGCAACCGGCCGUGCGACGAACUCUCGGGAACGUCGGGGAAGGAAUGCGGAAGCGACUUUGCCUACUUCUACUUCGUCUCCUUCAUCUUCCUCUGCUCCUUCCUGAUGUUGAAUCUGUUUGUGGCCGUCAUCAUGGACAACUUUGAGUAUCUAACACGAGACGCCUCCAUCCUCGGGCCUCACCACCUCGAUGAGUUCAUCCGAGUGUGGGCAGAGUACGACCCUGCUGCCUGCGGACGCAUAUCUUACRGUGACAUGUACGAGAUGCUUCGCGACAUGUCCCCUCCGUUAGGUUUGGGGAAGAAAUGUCCUCCCAGAGUGGCCUACAAGCGUCUGGUGAGGAUGAACAUGCCGAUCGCCGACGACAACACGGUUCAUUUCACCUCCACGCUGAUGGCUCUGAUCAGAACCGCCCUGGAGAUCAAGCUGGCGUCUGGUGUCCUGGCUCAGCGCUUGUGUGACGUCGACCUGAAGAGGGAGAUCGGCCGGGUCUGGCCCAACCUGCAGCCGAAGACCGUGGACCUGCUGGUGACGCCACAUAAAUACAACGAGYUGACGGUGGGGAAAGUCUACGCCGCUCACAUGAUCUUUGACUUCUACAAACAGAACCGAGCCAAAAAACUUGAAGAGCAGAACCCGUCUGGAGGUCCUCAGAGUAAAUUGGGAGCGCUCUUCCGUCCCGUGCUGCCGUUCAGUCACAUUCACGCCGCCGAGCCRCCGGUGUCCAGCCCCAAAACACCGGUCCCACCAGAACCUGAGCCGGAUGCAAAACCAGAAGCCCCGCCCACCAGCACCACCAGGGAAAUGAUAUUAAAGCAGAGGGUCAACAUCAAACACUCGCAGUCUGGAGACGUGUCUCAGGCGGCACAGAGAGCCACAGCCAGCAGGAGGCUGCAGAGAGGCCAGUCAGAGGACGUGCAGUUCUCAGUGAGGCUGCAGGAGCCGUUUGAAGCGAAGCAGGCCGAGAACGUCUCYGACUCAGAAGGAUGCCCGAGCCUGGAGGGCCACGGCCGAGCAGCGUCUCUGCCCCGGCUCAACGCAGAGUACUACCGGAGCCACCCUGGCCACGCCCCCGGGACCCACCUGGCACCGAUCGUCGACCUCAGCCCCAUGAGGCGUUCAGCGUCCUCGCUGACACCACAGCGCCACCAGCAGGAGGAAGUCGGGCUGAGGAGCUACGACCUGGAGCGCGUGCAUCGGACYCAACCUCCCGCAGACCCGGAACAGGUCCAGGUCCAGGACAGAGCCCACCACCAUCACCACCACCACCGCUGCCAUCGACGGCGGGACAAAGACAAGAAGCCUUUAGAGAAAAUGUUGUCGGUGCCGCCUUCCAGUACCGUCGGUUCCUUUACGGACCCCMCAGACGAAGACUUGUCCGGAGAGCGAGUGAGGGAGCGGGAACGCAGCCGUCCCCAGGAGAGGAGGCACCACUCCUCUGCAGGAGAGAAGCAGCGGUACUACUCCUGCGAGCGUUACGGCAGCAGGGAGCAGUGUCACACCAGGUCAGCCGGUCCCAGCCGGUCCACGUCUCCAGGGGAGGGUCAGGACUCUGAGUUCCUCAAACAGGUGAGCGUUGUGGCUAAAGGUGGUACGAACACACAGCUGCGUGGUCGCAGACAGCUCCCGCAGACGCCGCUCACGCCUCGUCCCGCCGUGGCCUUCAAGUCCGUCUCCUCCUCCUCGGCUCCUUUACCGGCGACGGGGCACCAGACCCGCUUCGGGCGGGGCCCGUCGGAGCACGACCGCCUGCUCGUGGGCCACGGCGACUCCUCGAUUCCCAUCACCUGCCUCGGCUCGGACGCCAGCUCGACCCGGCAGCAGCCGGACCCCUCUCAGCGMGUCCUCCUGGAGGGGGGCGAGGACUUUCAGGAUGCGGCGAGCAGUCACGGAGGCGGACACUCCACCAGGACCGCUGCGUCCUCCGCGGCGGCGUCCUCGCAGGGGACGGCGGCCGUGGCGCAGAGGCGGGCGGGGGGAGUGCCCAACGGGUACCACUUCACCCUGGGGUCCGCCAGCAGAGGAACGGGCGGUCUCAGGGAGCGGGAGGAGGACGACUGGUGCUGAACGGAGGAAGUUCAGCUUCAUCCCCUUUACUUGCACUGAAGUUCUCGCACAUGUGAAGACACCAAACCCUUGGCCUUGGUUUCUAAACUCACUGCAGCCCGAGAYAAAAGCCAAAAUGUUUCUGAGUGAAGCUGUGAACUGAACGCCUCAUUCCYGAUCCCAUCAUGGCUGCUCACAACACCGUUUGACUUUUUAUGGGUCCUUCUGUUUCUUUUUUUAUGGUUUAUUUAGCUGUCACUCCAGUGAAGCACACAAGUUUGUUUAUUUGCCAAAGCAGAUUAGAAAACUAGUUUUCAUUCAGGUCUUAAAACUCUGAUUUAUCACCUAACAAACACCAGGGAUGCACCGAUACCAGCUCAGAGACUGAGUAUUUAUUUAUAUUAACUAUCCCGACAUUGUUUACCUGUCAAUGGCGCCAUGGCGUUGUUUGCUAACYGCUAAUAAAAAUCAGAAGAAGAAACCAAAUGUAGGUGUUUUAACGAGAUUGACUGAGCAGAAGAAGAAAUACAGAUCUGAGCCCGAGUUUCCUGACAAUCUCAUCACUCAGUCUCUGGCAGGAGGAUGAAAACCUCCAGGAGAAGCAGAGCUGGGGAUCCAUCGAGCAGUGAGCUAACCGCUGCUUAACGAGCUGUUUAAUGAGGAUUAGUUAAGGCGCUAGGCUAAYGCUUCAAAAUAAACUUGUUGCCGCCUCUGAUCCAGGUGUCAAGUUUUUUUCUUGUCAAAUUUACAACAUUUAGGUGUCAGAAGAAUAUUUGUUUAAGUGUAAUGAUAUUUAUUACUACUCUCAUCAAUACACAUUAUUGACAAGUACUCAAAAGUAAGUAUUUGUACUCAGUUUAAAAGAGUGUGGUAUCGGUGCAUCCGUACUCAACAGUCUUUGUUUGGCGUGUUUUUCUAAACAAGGUGUUUCAGAGGACGGUCGGAACGGAGGGACUCUGAKUUUCUGACAUUAAGUGGCUAAAUACUAAGUGCCUCGUUUACCGCCAUGUGUCGCAGCCUCGCCGCGGAUCAGACGGACUUUACUGGAACAGAGCGGCUGGGAUACACAGAACAAAUACGUGUUGAUAUUAAUGCAAAAAACAAACAUUUUUUUUGUACUUUUGUGGUAGGUAAAUCAGAAUUUGUCCAGUUAAUCCAAAGUAGUGCAUGAGAGGGGUGUCACAGUGUGGUGUCUGUACUUUUUGUCUAAAGGGUUUGUGGUUUGUUGCCUUUCUCUUUCAGAUCUACAGAAAAAAAAUGAUGUCCGGAUGAAGGAAAAGUGCCAUUUUGUAAUAUUUCAGAAGCACCUGCCUCCUGCAGCAUGUAUUCUGUUUAAUCUCUGCCAUACAGACCCAAGUUUAUCUUCUGGUUGAGUCGAGGUUCGUGAACCCCACAAAAAGUCAAAUUAAAAAGAGUUGUGUUGUUGCAGAUGACUGUUGAUUUAAAAGAUGUAGGGCUAUGCAACAAGACGACACUUCCUCUGCCCCGUAGCUGUACCCCCUGCAGAGUCCAGGUCCUGGUUUUAGUUCGACUGUGAGCAGACUUCUACAUGUGUGUAUGAAGGUUUGUAAAAAUCAGAUGUAUUAUAUGAUGUACAGCUAAAUGAGACAAACAUCAUCAAAGCCUUUUUUUUCUUCAUAUUUUCCUGCCUGCUCUGAAAGAAACUACAGAAAAUAUGAAAACUGUGGCUCCAGUUGUGUUUUUAAAGGAUUUCAAAUUUGACCCGUUUAUUUGGGCUCAACAUUAAAAAGGUAAGGCUUUGAUGUGUGUUCUGUGUUUGCUUUCACCAAUAAAAACAUGAGGAAAGAUCAAAAGAUGAACCAGA